CCCGCGGCCGCGCGCUCCGGGCUCCAACGGCCUCAACGGAAGGAGGCGCGGGGGGGCAGAGGCGCAUCAGUCUGGGGGGGACCCGGGCGGGGGCCGUUGGGGAAGCCGCGGCCUGGACCGGGACCCACCGGCGGCUCCCCCUGGGGCAGGGCUCUGACCCGCACUCGGCCUGCGGUCCAUCCACGUCGAAGCAAAUGGCUGAAAGGGCCUCAGCCCUGAGAAGGAAUCGGAUCUUCCCGACCACCCCUAGCCGGAGGGAGCUGCUGGAGCAGCAGGUAGAAGAACUGGUGCCCGCCUUGCUGUGCUUGGACGACCUUUCCAUUGUUCAAUUUAUGGAAACGUAUCCUGAAUUUGGCACCACCGAAGAGAUCCUGGACCUGCUGUUUGCAAAAUAUGGAUGCAACAAAUAUCUGAAUGAUGACAUCGUGGGAUCCGUGGAGCAGUGCAAAGUGGCCAUCUCCUGCAUCCUGGACAUCUGGCUGGAGUACUAUCAGGAGGAUUUUCAUCAGCCACCAGAAUUUCUCUUCCUGAGGAAACUUCUGGCAUUCAUGGGGCUCAACAGGCCAGGCUCAGACCUGGAAAACCGAGCCCAGCGUUACCUGGAACGAUUCAGCUACCUGGAGCUCGUGGAAUUAGACGAUGAGGAUGAGGAGGACUGGGGGUGGCCAAGCUUGGGACAGGGUGGGCCACACAGACCCAACCUCCAUGCAGCUGGGCCGGGAGCAGUGGGUAGGCUCACACCCCAUUCCCACGGGCUUCAGUCUGGGGAGACCUCCCAGGGCUCUUGUACUCACACACGUUGAGCAGUGGGAAGAGUGUCCUUGAUUUGGGAGGGACGUGGAAAGUCCGUCCUGGUGAUGAUACUUUGUCUUCUUGGGGCUACAGCUUUGGCCCCAGAGCAACACCCUAACCCACCUCAGGAGCCCACCCCAGCUCCGACUGUGGGGCCUGUGGCACCUUCAGGGCCUGAGGUGACCGAGCCGGUCCCGGCUGCUGGAGGUGAGGGCUUGGCCCAAGCUGAGAUGCUGGCUACUGAGUCCAAGUCAAUGCACAU